GUUUUCCUUCAGUCAGUGCACCUUUGUAAAUAAAUCAAUAAAUUUUUUUAGUACAAAACAAAACAUUUUUUAAAGGUACAUUGAACAAUGUGUGAAAGUAAUCAUGAUGAUAUGUUAUUUGAAAUGCUCAGAGAUUGUAAAACGCUGCCGAAGUUCCUGGAUGACAUAUUUGGCUUUUUGCAAAGAAGGACUGACUUUUAUCAUGUGUCCAAAGAAGAAAAUGCUACUGUGGGUUUGCCUGAAGGUCUUGCUGAAAAGUUAAUCAGACAUACAUUUAUGAAAUGGAAACCAGUCUCACCAGAUAUCAUAUAUACUCCAAAUGAAAUACCUGUAUCUACUGAAGAAACAGUAGUGUCUUGUACUGAAGAUUUAGACCAGGUUUCUUCUACAACAAAAGACGAACCAGAAGAUGGAGUGGAAGAAUUUAGUUUUUCAAAGUCUGAAUAUUAUAAUGGUGCUGUCUUUGAGCAUUACUGCUGGUCACAAUCUAUAACAGAAAUUGAUGUCAUUGUGAGAAUCCCCAAAGAUGUCAGUACAAAAGAUUUAGAGGUUAAGCUUCAGUCUAGUUCUAUAUCAGUAAAGUUAAGAGAUGGUGAGUAUAUACUGAGUGGAGAUCUGUGUGAAAAAUGUAAAGCUACUGAAACUGUUUGGUCUUUGGAUGGACGAAAGUUACUACUACAUUUAGAUAAAUGCCAAGAAAAGUGGUGGAAUUGCUUAAUAAAAAGUGAACCAGUCCUAGACAUAUCAAAAAUUGAUUGUACUAGAGCAUAUGACGAACUACCAGAACAUGCUCAGGUCAAAAUAGAAGAGUUACAGUGGAAUCAUGAAAGAAAAAGGCUAGGUUUACCAACUUCAGAAGAAUUAGAGGUUCAUGAAACUUUAAAGAAAGCUUGGAAUGCAGAAGGGUCACCAUUUAGCGGUCCAUUUGAUCCUACAGCUGUAAAAUAUAAUUAACUGAAUUUAUUUUCAAGGCUUGUGUUUUUAUUUUUUACCUAAACCAUAUGAACUUUCAUCCAAAUAUUAAUACUAGUCUCUAGAUAAUGUAAAAACCAGUGGUGGCUGGUGAUAAUUUGUUCAGAGGGCGCUGAUUUGAGAAUAAAAAAAGUAUUUACCAA